UUUACUUAAUCAUUCUAGCAAAACACCAUUAGCGAAGCCAUACUAAAGAGACGAUGCGAUUAUUUGUGUAUUAAAUACACGGACAGAUUGACUCAAACAAACGUAUCCAAACUGGUUUCUCUUCAUCUUAGCAGUGCAUUGUAAAUCUAUAGUUGAGAUCAUUGUCUAAUUGAGAUCACGGAGACAGCGGUCUAAACCCAAAUCCAACUAGACUGGGCAAACUUAGAAGAGACGUUGAAUCCCGUUUAUUGCAAUUGAAUGUGGGUUAGCAACUGAGUUUACUCAACUGCCAACUGAAACCACGCCCAGCUAGAAAUAAAGAAAUAAAUCUCAUAUCAUAUCCUACUUGCUGAGUUACAAAUUAUAAGGUAUCGACUAUGGCUGACGGGGAUGAUGAGUCAUACGCGGUGAUAGGAGCAGACCACGAUUAUAUCUCCCCUUCCUCUACCGACGCCCAUCUUCCUUCUGUUCUGCAGGAACAGGUGGAGUUCACUGACUACUACUUCUCCAAAAGUGCAUUCAAGGAGAAACUAGUGGCACCCCUGGACAAGCUGUAUGCCGCAGACGAUAAGUUCAUCGAGUACACUUCGAAGUACAGUGCUCUGUUGCGCUCAUUCUCAGCCGAGCUGGACAAACUGAAGGACAAGUACGAGAGGGCGACUAGCAAGUUCAGUGAGGUGUACAGUGUGAACCAGUGCUACUCCGCCUUCUCGGACAUCCUCAAGUGCCAAAGUGCACUCAUGACAGAACACUCAAUACAGAUGAGCAAAGAGUGCUUCGGCUCAACAAUGAGGAAGGGACUGAAUGAUCAGAAGGCGGAGUUGGACAAGCUGAACAUGGAGGUGGAUCGGGCGGACAAAGCACACAUGGACACAGUCACCAGUCUGAAGAGCAAGAGAAAAGCUUGCCACUCUCUAAUUAUAGACAGUGAGCGAGUGGAGGACAAGCGGCCUGAUCCCUCAGUGGUCAGUGAGAAGCUGGUCAAGUACAAGAACAACAGGGACUUGGCAGCCAGGAAACUGGACGAAUCCAACGAGGAAUACAUCAAGACAUGUUCAGAUUCGAACAAAGCAAGGCUGGCAUUUGAAAUGACUCUUCAAGAUGCCCUGUGCAAGUAUCAACACGUAGCCGCCGACAGAGUUUAUCUAGUGCAGACUAAUUGUAGCAAGUUCCUCGAACUUCAUGAAGACUUCAGUGAGAAGUUCACAAAUACUUCUGCUAAGUUCAAGACAUGUGUGCAGAGCAUAGAUGUACAGAACGAAGUGAACAAAUUUGUGCAAAUCACCACAGCUAAUUCUAAACAGGAGUUGGAACCAGAAAUGAUCAUCUUCGACCUUCCCCACAUCCGAGACGAGGAUCCGAAGAAAGACGAGACCAAAUUUUACACCAUCCGACAACUGCGCAAACAGAUAUGCAUCCGCAAAAUAGAUAAUCUGAGGAAGCGAGAGGCUCAAAUCUUCAAAAACCUGGAAUUUGCACGGGUUCUCCUCAACAAGGCGAUCCAGGAUUCCCAUGGCAUGCAGGGCAAGUUCACAGACCAGGAGAAGGGGCAGCAGGAGUUCAGUGCACUCCUGCACGAGUUGGAUAUAGUUCAGGUGUCCAUUCAGAACUUAGUGGAGGACUACUUUGCAUUGAACAGGAGCAACAGUCCCAGAGAGAAGCCUCACCACCUGAACAGUUAUUUGACCCCCGUGAAGGAGUCACAUGGAAAGGGGACCCAGUACAUGGUUAUCAGGCCACCACUAGAUUAUUAUUAUAACAACGAGAGAGACACCCAGGAGAUUGACCUGCCAGAUACUAUCCAGCAGGAAAUAGUUGACAUGUUUGGAACCCCGCAACAAGGGGGGACACUUACUGGCAGCCGAAGGGAGAGUCUGAAAAGCAAGGGGCCCGCAUACAACCCGAACUCGGACAGAACUGAUAUGACAGCUGUUCACGCAGCAGGAUUGUCGGCCACUGUCGGGGCCGUGAGGGGUCAAAGUCAUCAGCAGGUGGACACGAAGAGUCAGGAUUCGGGAGAGGGGGAUCACUGGGAGGACGACGAGGCUGUAGGCUGGAAAGCCAUUGUCAAGUUCACUUUUGAUCCGGCUGCCCUCUAUCCAGACACGGAUCAGACAAGCAACAUGCUGAAAGUGGAGCAGGGCCAGACUAUCACGGUGCUGGAAAACCUAGCAGACGCCUGGUGCCUAGCACAAGACAGUGCCAAAAACACUGGACAUGUUCCCUCUGCAUACAUAGAACCCAUUUGACAGAAUUAAGUGAAGCCAUGUCCUCGUUAAGCAGAUGGCUUCAAUUCAUUCAAACACGAAGUUCCUAAUAACUUUGGCGCUAAUAAUAACUUGUUUUUAUAUUCCUAAUAGAAAGUAAAAUGAUUUAAGGAAAAGUUAUCAUGCGUUAUUGUCUAAGCUUUAUUGUACAAUUUAUUUUAGUUUCUCUUCA